GCGGCCGCCGCAGCCGCUGGCCGGAGGCGCCCGUGCGGGGGUCGAAGCCGCUCGGCGGGGAGGCGGCGGGGCCGGGCCGGGAGGCUCCCGUUGGGCGGCGGGGGUGGGGGAUCCGGCUCCGCUGCCCUCCCGCCCCUCAUAAAGCUUUGAUGAGACACUUGAGCCGCUGCCUGUGUUGCCGGGGCGGCGGGAGGCGGCCGGUGGGACUGGGCGCCCGGGAGAGGAUGUGACUUGACGGAGGGGACCCGGACAGGCUUUGUGUGGACGACGAGUUCCACCAAGUGAGAAGAGUGAUGACCAUCCUUUUCCUUACUAUGGUUAUCUCGUACUUCGGUUGCAUGAAAGCUGCCCCGAUGAAAGAAGCUAGUGUAAGAGGACAAGGCAGCUUGGCUUACCCAGGUCUUCGGACCCAUGGGACUCUUGAGAGCCUAAACGGGCCCAGUGCUGGUUCAAGAGGACUGACAUCGCUGGCGGACACUUUUGAACAUGUCAUAGAGGAGCUUCUAGAUGAGGACCAGGACAUCCAGCCCAGUGAGGAAAACAAGGAUGCAGACUUGUACACAUCCCGAGUCAUGCUAAGCAGUCAAGUGCCUUUGGAACCCCCACUGCUCUUUCUGCUCGAGGAGUACAAAAACUACUUGGAUGCUGCAAACAUGUCCAUGAGGGUCCGGCGCCACUCUGACCCAGCUCGCCGUGGGGAACUGAGCGUCUGUGACAGCACGAGCGAGUGGGUGACGGCAGCAGAGAAAAAGACUGCAGUGGACAUGUCAGGGGCGACUGUCACAGUCCUGGAAAAAGUCCCGGUACCCAAAGGCCAAUUGAAGCAAUACUUCUAUGAGACCAAAUGCAACCCCAAGGGGUACACGAAGGAGGGAUGCAGGGGCAUAGACAAGAGGCACUGGAACUCCCAGUGCCGAACUACCCAGUCUUACGUGAGAGCUCUCACCAUGGAUAAUAAAAAGAGAGUUGGCUGGCGCUUUAUAAGGAUAGACACUUCCUGUGUAUGUACAUUAACCAUUAAAAGGGGAAGAUAGUGGAUUCGUGUUGUAUAGAUUAUAUUGAGACAAAAUUAUCUAUUUGUAUAUAUACAUAACAGGGUAAAUUAUUCGGUAAAAAUAAUUUUAUGGACUGCAUGUAUAACUGAAGUUUAUACAGUACAGUGGUUCCACAAUCUAUUUAUUGAACAUAUCCAUGACCUGAAGGGGAACAAAAGUCAUUUGCGCACAAGGUUAAAAAAAAAACCAAAAAAAAACCAAAAAAAAAAAAACCAAAAAAAACCCAAACAAAAAAAAACCCAAGCAAACAAAAAAGUCUGCAUUACAUUCCUCGAUAACAUUGUGGUUUGUCGCCGUUGCCAAGGUCUGAAAAUAUAAAAAGUUAAAAAAAAAAUCAAAUUGCAUGCUGCUUCAAUUGUGAAUUGAUGAUAAACUGUCCUCUUUCAGAAAAAUAAAUUGAACCAAAACAUUCUGUUUACAUUUUAGACAGUAAGUAUCUUUAUUCCUGUUAGUAUUAUAUCUGUUUACUGCUUUUAACUUCUGAUAGCGUUGGAAUUAAAACAAUGUCAAGGUGCUGUUGUCAUAGUUUUACUGUUUUUCUUUUAAUUUUGAAGUCCCAUCAGAUUGAAAAAGAAAAAAAAAAUCAUUACCUUAUUCUGGAUUAAAAACAAAUUUGGUUUUUUUUGUAUGUUGUGAAGGUGUUUGCAAUAGCGAUCCAACUACUGACAAAAAAUAAUAAUAAAAAAAAGAGGCAACUGAAAAAGAAUGGUGAUGUUCCACUUCACAUUGUUGAACUUCAGGCUUAAAGACAGCACUUAUGUAACUGUAUGGCAACGUGCUUUUUUUGGGUUAUUUUCUUUUUUUUUUUUUAAUUGUUAUUGUUCUGGGGCUUUUUGUUUUUCUUUUUUAAUUUGCUGUCUCUCGAGACCUGUAUUUGCUUAUACCAUGUUUGUUUGUGUUUGGGUUCCCCCACUCCCCUUUCCUCCCUCCAGAAGGAUGUUGGCUGUGAUCUUUAAAGUACUUACCAUAUAACUGGAGUCUGUCAUACAGAAAAUAUUCUACAGAGUGUUGAGAGCAAUCAUUUUUCAUGUAAUAAAAGAUGCUGUGCUUGGAUCAAAUGUCUUGGUGAAGCACGAGAAGAAUGUCACUAGAAAAAGGGGUUUAGGAAGAUGCUAGUGGAUCUGAAAUGAGGUUGGUCACAGGACUAAAUAGUUCAGCCAGUUCAGGGAUGAACAGCAGUGGUUUGGGGUGAUGGAGGUGAUUCCAGAUCUGUAGUCAGCACUGAACCUGGUCUGGUGCAUCCUGCAGGGCUGAGAGCUUUGCCUUGUGCCUGUGGUGGGUGAGCUGUGGCAGCAUCCCUGCCCUGAGAGACAGCUGGGGCAGGAGGAAGCCCUGCCACUGCUUGAAAGCAAUUAGCACUUAUGUUUGUGUGGCUCUGCCUCUGCUGUCAGCCUUGUUUUAUGAAAUGAAUAUUGGCAUUAAAAAAAAAAUACUCUUGAAGUAAGCAAAGAGGAAGUGCUGGAGGAGUUGGCUUAAAGUUGCUUAGGUUCUGGCAGACGUAUUUAGCCCUGUGCUAUCUCUCUAACUAGCCCAACCGAAGUAUUUCUAGUAAGGCAGGCUGUAAGCCUGAGAGCUGUGCAUAGCGCCUGCACCGACUACAGGGGGCAGGGAGGCAGAAAUAGCUCAUUAGUGAGCUCACUGAAGGCAGAUGCUAUAUUUGUAAUUCCUGUAGAUGAAGAAAAGUAGCUGAACAGAGGGGGAAAUGCUGCAAAAUAGAACUGCUUCUGUACGCUGCAGAAUCUGCGUCAGUCUGCCUCACUGUUAAGUUAAGCUUUGCCCAGUCCAGGUUUUUAAUUAUCUGAAGUAUGAUCCCCCACAAUAAUUCUCUUUGAAGAGGGUAUUUAACAUGGAGUUUAUAUUGUUACUAGUAGAAACCCAUGCUGGAAGCUUGCAGAGACACCUUCAAAAUCAGUGAUUUCUUCUACUUAGGGUAGAAGGGCUUCCCCUCCCCAGGAUAACCAGCUGUCAGUGGAGACCCGUCCCACCCAGACACUGAAAGCCGUUUGCCUUGGCCAUGGGUGUCCCAGGCCGUGAGUGAGGAGGGAGGGUUGUGUGACCCACCCGAGCUUCAGACGUCAGCCUUCCCAAUCGAUUGCAGGUAUUCAGGUGCCCUGACAGCAAUCAGAAAUUAAAAAAGCCUACUGCAAUGUCUCCAAACUUCCCCUGACGUGGUCUUCAUGCAAAUUGAAUGGUGGUGUAAUGGACAGUUUCAUUCCACUGUGGCCAGUACCUGUAUGUGUAUUAUAAUUCUUUGCAUUCAAUAACCCAAACAUGGCUCAGGAGCUAUUCUUGGCAACACUCCUAAGCCACAGCAGAGAGAUGGUGUAACGGUCCCCUCCAUCAAAACCAGGGCUGGUGGCUUAGGAGGGGGAACGGGUGAUGCUAAUGAGUGAGUAACAAGCAGAUCACUCAUCUAGACUGGGAAAAAAUGAGAGUUAGGACGUGACAGCAGUCUAAUUCAGAUGCAGGGAUUAAAUAAUUCCCAGUUCAAAUAAAUUUGAUUUCCAAAGGAGAAGUGUUAAUGCCUAAGACAUGCUAGAAAUAAAGUUCCUCAUUUCCCAAAGUUAGUUAUGGCUCUAUCCUUAACUGGGAAGUGCUCACCUGGCACAGGUAAGGGUGGUGCUGGCGUGGCAGAAUUAAGGCAGUGGGAUGGCAGGUUGGGAGGGGUAAAGGGCAGCCCACCCGUGGGGGGACCAAGGGCUGGAGCUGAGAACCUCCAGGGGAACUGUGUCCUGCAGUACACCUGGAGUGAUGCUCGCGUCCCUGUACUAUGCCGAUUCCAUGGCUACUGCUAUAAGGUGAAAUUGGCAAUUAAACCGCAGUCCCGUGGCUCUCACCUGCCUGACCUGAUACAUCUGUAACCACGGGCUUGGCAGUCUUAGUUAAAACAGAG